CGCCUCCUCUGCGUCCGUUCGCCUUCCCCAGGUGUCAUGAUGGCGCCGCCUGACGCGGCGUGCCCAGAGGAAGCCACGUCGCCCUCACUCAGUUCUUCCUCGCUUAUAUAAAGGCCUCCACCCCUCUCCUUUGUUCACUUUCCGCGAUCAAGUCUCAGAGCUUUCACCGGUCAAAUUUCUUCUCUUUCGCUAUUCAGCCCUCCGAGUCAAGUAAGUUUCCCCCUGCUUCUCUACUUUUCUUUCCCGGUCAUGUCUUCUUUUAGCGAUAGGAUUUCGUCCUCAGAGGACCGCUCCUCUGAGGACUCCAACUCCUCCUCCUCGACCGGGUCUUCCUCUCCUGACUCCACGCCCGGUCAGGUUCCCAACUCCUCUAUUCCCGACCCGCAUCCUGUUAAUCAGAUGCCCGGUGAAACUUUCGUGGGGAGGGAUGACCCGGUCGAUGAUGCACCGGGCCCCUAUGACCCUGAACACGAAGCCCGAGAUGCGUGGGAGGAGCGGCUUCAUGCUGCCGGUUACUUUCCGCUUCCCACCUUCUACGUCCUUGACAUCCCUUCCCGUGUAUCCAAAAUCGCCCUGAACAAAAUUCGUAGGAGGCUCCCGGACGGGUAUACCCUCCUGUACGAACCCAACUGGCCCAACAUUGUCGAACCCCACCGGGAGGACAGGAUAGGGUUCCACACCAUUUCCCUGGACGCGGGCAUAGUUUUUUCCCCUUCGCCCCCUCCUUCCCCCCAAAGUAACCGGGGAUGGAAGGAAAAAUUUGUUUUCAUCGAGUUUCCCCCCUUUAUCACUCAUUUGGCCGGUCUGAACUGGAACGACCAUCUACUCGACCAAGAGUACACUGCACCGGCUUCCUCCCGAGACUUGGAAGGGAAUCUCGAGGUCCUCAUGCGUGGGGAUCCUCUAACCGGGAGGAUCUUCCAUCAAGGUAGCUGGGUUUGGAGGGUAGAGUCGGGUGGUGAGGGUACCUCCCAGGCCCAGGAAGCAGCGGGGCACGGGGUACCCUCCCCGGGCAACACUGCAGAGGCUGAGGGCCAGAACCACCCAGGCGUGUCUAGAAAGCUUCUCCCAAACACGCCCUUCUAUGCAAACCCUGUGAAGAGUGAACCGUCUGGCUUUGGCGCAACCGCUCCGUUGCCGCCGUUAACCGCUGCAAUUCGACCGGGAUAUUCCCGUCAAUCUAACCGGAAUAUACCUCGCUGCACUUUGCUUGCUAUUGCACUCCAGUUCCUCUCAAUUGACGAUGACGGUUUUGCGAUCUCGAAAAGUGGUUUCUACAGUGAAGUCGCCUGUCUUGCAGAAGAAACUAAAAACAGAGGCUCUUCCUCAUCCAGAAAACGUUCAGCACCACCAAGUGUUGUGCGAAGGCGUAGUCUUAGAUUGGCUUCCAAAUCUGGUUCUAGUGGAAUUGGAGGAGUUACUGGAAAUUGUAUUCAAGAAGGAAGUAAUGUUAAUGCUGAUAUUAUCAGCGCUAGUAGAGGACAUGAUUUAGGAAGCUCUUUGAGUGGUGAUGGUAUUGAAAACGAGGAAACUUUGUUGAAAAGUCAGCACAUGGAGGUGGACACAGUGGGCUAUGGAGCACAAAGACAGGGUGACACAGAAAAGAGGCGCCUUAGUUUACGCACGAGGAGAAAGACUGUGGAGGGAGAAAUCAAAGUAGAGAAUGUUUCUUUUUCUGGAGGAGUUGAUGGUGAUCAUAAGUUGUUUCCUGGAAAGGAGAGUGAGGGAGUGCGUAAUGACGAGAGUUCUGUGGCUGAUGUGUUGGAAACUUCAGUAUUAAAUGCUAGCAGAGAUGGGAACGGAAAUUUGAAGAGUGAGAGGUUAACUAUAGUAGAGAAAGGUAAGGGAAAGGUUACUCAUAGACCAUGGUUAAUUCCAUCAACUUCUGCGAAAUUUGAAGUUUAUCCAUCUACCAAUGAAACUAGUGACAUUGCUGGUGUUAAUUCUAUGAGGAGGCUUAGUAGAGAGGAAAAAGGUAAAGGAGCUAUGACUAGUAACAAUUUGUCUAUGGAUUCUUUAUUAAAUGUGGAAACAAGCCACACUGUAGAGUGCAAAGAAACACAUGGAGUACAAGAAUGGGGGUCUAAUAUGAAUGUCACCCAUCCAAUAUGGAAUCUCAGGAAACAACAAUUCAAGGAAUUAGCUAAACAAAGUGCAUCACGCUUUGCUCUGUUUUCUUCUCGGGAGGAAGAGAAUGUUGGCAUUGAUAUGGCUGUAAGUGAAAGUCAGCCAAUGGAAGAUGUUGAAGAUUGGCCCGGGCCAUUUUCUACGGCUAUGAAAAUUAUCCAAGAUCGUGAAAAGGUUAAGAACAUAGUGACACAGAAGGGGUCUACCACAAAAAGUAAGGCUGAAGCAUUGAAAUGGUCUCCAAAAAGUGGUCUGCACUCCAAUCAGAGGGGGAUGAUAGCUCCCUCAUUGCAAGAUCUGUGCAUGGCUAUCCUGGUAAAAAAUGCAGAUGCAGUUACUUCACUUGAUUGCAUUCCUGAUGUGAUUAAACACAAGCUCUGCCAUAUAUUAUGUGAUUCAAGGAAAAUGAAUAAUCACUUUCUUGGACUUCUUACCUGUGGGUUCCCAACUGAGAUACGUCUCAGGGAUUGUUCGUGGUUAACUGAGGAAGAUUUCAUAAAAUUCUUUGAAGGGUGUCAAACCAGCAACUUAACGGUGCUACAACUCGAUCAAUGUGGUCGCUGUUUGCCAGACUUCACACUUUUAGCUACAUUAGCUCGCUUGCCAAAUACUCUGUCUGCUCUAACCACUCUAUCUGUGAAGGGUGCUUGUCGUUUAUCAGACACUGGGCUAAGUGCUCUUGUUUCUUCUGCACCAUCUUUGAGAUCCAUCAAUCUCAGUCAGUGCUCUCUGCUUUCAUCUGAUGGAAUCAAAUGCUUGUCUGAGUCAUUGGGGUCUGUUCUGAAGGAGUUAUAUUUAGAUGAUUGCCAAGCCAUAGACAGUGUGCUUCUUCUUCCAUCACUGUUAAAACUUGAGCAUUUGGAGGUUUUGUCAGUUGCUGGUAUCCACACAGUUUGUGAUGAAUUUGUUAUAGAGUUUGUCUCUCAACGUGGUCAUAAUAUGAGAGAGCUUACUUUGAACGACUGCAUGAAAUUGACAGAUCGUUCAUUGAAAGCUGUUGCUGAAUCUUGUCCUGCAUUAUGUGCAAUAGAUCUGAGUAACUUGUGCAAGUUGACAGACUAUUCUCUAGGUUUUCUUGUGAAUGGUUGUAUUGCACUAGACAAGCUAAUGCUUUGUCGGAAUGCAUUCAGUGAUGAAGCUAUUGCUGCAUAUCUAGAAACUUUUGGAAAUUCAAUGAAAGAACUAUCACUCAAUAACAUCAGCAAGGUUUCACACAACACUGCAAUGGCACUUGCAAAACGUUGUAAAAAUUUGCGGAGUUUGGAUGUGUCUUGGUGUCGCAACCUGACAGAUGAAGCCCUAGGCCUGAUUGCUGAUCACUGUUUAUCACUAGAAGUUUUGAAGUGUUUUGGCUGUACCCAGGUUACAAAUGUAUUCCUCGAAGGGCACUCGAACCCACAAGUUAAGAUUAUCGGAUUGAAGAUGACCCUGGUGCUAGAGCAUCUCAAAGCACCCGAUUUUCUUCAAGGACCGCUCCUUUAUUCGUCCGCUUAAGCGUAACCAAAGCCUUGAUUUUUGAGUGUUGGGCACUUCGUCAUGCGUGGGAAAAUAUUAAGUGCGUAGAACUCUAGAACGAUGGAUGAGUAAACUGACGUUGGCUUA